GUGAGCGAAGACCACGAACCAGAAAUCUGAAAAGCACAGUGUGAAAUGACUAACGCAGCUUUUAGUACUAACGUAUAUACAUUAAGCUGAAAAUAUUUUAGUAAGUUUUGAGCUGACAUCAUUUUUUAAAAAACCUUGAAUAAGUACAAUUAUGCACCUUACAACAGACUAAUUUAAUUCAUAACGUCCACCGGGUUAAAAAGAGGGAAUAUAGUGAGAGAAAACGUGCCUGACUAACAGAUAUAAAUUUAAGAUUCUAACCAAGGAAGGAAAAUUCCCUACAAUUGCUAUAAAAAAACCUGAAUGGAAAAUUAUUUUGUUUACUUCGACCAGGUGAAACAGUGACAAAGACAAGGCAAUUUUGUUUGGGCAGGAAGAUGAAAUGUUUCCGGUGGGUCACUUGAAUUUGCAUUCAUGUCAUGAAUUCUCUGCUGAUAUCAAUUUGUACUGGGGAAUGACAGCAGGUAAUUGAUUUACCAAUGUAGCCGCCAAAGAGAAGCAAGACAAAUUACACAUCGCAUUGAAACUAACGAUUAAGAGAUGAGGAGUGUGUAUACAUUUUUCGCGAUUUUGUCCUCCCUUAUUGGGGGAAGUGGUGUAAUCCUCAACUUUCUCGUAUGUCUCGUGUACUUCACAACACCUCAACUUUUAGACGCUCCCAAUAUCUUCAUUCUCAACAUUGCGGUUGGCGACCUAACGUACUCAAUAGUUGCGCUUCCAAUGCUGGUAGCGUCCAAUGCGCGAGGCGAGUGGGCGUUUGGAGCAGGAGGUUGUACGGCGUACGGUUUCCUCACAACCUUCUUUUCCCUUGGUUCUAUGAUGCACUUGGCCGGUGCGGCGUAUGAACGAUACUUCACGCUCUGCAAGCUAUUCAAUGACGGCGAAGCUCAGUUCAGUCGAAAGAAAGCCAUAUUGCUGUCCGGAAUACUAUGGUGCCAUUCGUUGUUUUGGAGCCUGAUGCCUGCCUGUGGUUGGUCAAGCUACGUGCAAGAGGGGAUCGGAACGAGCUGCUCUGUGGAUUGGACGUCGAAAGAAGCUGUUAAUGUAUCAUACACUGUAUGCUUAAUACUGGCGUGCUUUGUGCUCCCCGUAACCGUUAUCGUUUACUGCUACUACAAAACACACAAGGCCCUGGGUGAGUUAAGUAAACAAGCCAUACAGAAUUGGGGCGAGAACAGCCGCGCCACCCAUGACACCCUCCUGGCUGAGCGCAAAAUGGUUUGGAUAACAGUUGCCAUAACAGCAGGAUUUCUAAUCGCUUGGACACCGUACACUCUGGCCUCGAUAGCUGCCAUUCUGAAACCAGGCGUGGUGAGCGAUAUCGGUGCUUCGAUUCCAGCAUACAUCGCCAAAUCCUCGGCUUGCUACAAUCCAAUCAUUUAUGUAGUCAUGUACAAGAAGGUACGGACCAGACUGGUGCGCGUACUGUAUUGUAGGUGUAGUCGGGUUCAGCCCGGUGCAGGGUCAGCCAACACUGAACUAGCAACCCAUGAGAAAACUGCAGGAGCGCGCGGAUCACAAAAUCAACAGACUAACUCCUCUCCAUCUACUGGUGGACCACGUUAGUCUGUAUUAGACCAAUCGGCGUUAAUCGCCGAGAUUUGAAUUAACAGUAGAACAUUUCACUUUUCUUCAACCGGAGACAGAUUUGUUGAUGCUGUAUCCAUAUGUAUGACCUAAAUAAGCUCAAGUUGCUGAAAUGUUUUGACUCUUUUGUUGGGAUUCUACUCCAAGCCGGAUGACAGGAGAGUCUGAACCCUCACAAAGUCACACAGUCUUCCACUACUUCAGUACCCCGUGCUGGCAACGGAGGAAGACAACUACCUGAACGAAGAAAACUUAAUUGUCUGCGAGGAUGGAUCGACCAGGUCUAGGUGCCAAAGUAAUUCACGAUCUCGCAUUUUUCGUGGAUCGUCAGUACUUAUUCCUCGGACGUGCUGAAGCCAUUAAAGUUGGAAGGUAUAAGCUUUUCCUGGAGGACUCCUGGUUCGUGCAGGUUAACGUACUUUAGCCAAGAAUAUCACCUACGUAUCAAGAAGUAUCUCUCAAGAUUAGGGGAAAUCUAGUAAAUGAUUAGAAGAUGCAAGUUUACCCAGUGAUCGAGACAAACAGGUGUUUCAGCCGUUGUAGUCUGCUUACCGAUUAUAAGCCAAGAAUCGGAUCCGUCUAGGCAUCACAUGCUUAUUCUGAUAUGGGACAUAUGGUAGUACUGUGCUUUGCCGCAGAGUUCCGAACCAGAAAUAAUGUCUCGAAUUGCGCAUAUUUGUUAAGUCUUUGGCUUAUUCAAGCCGAUUUGUUUACGGAAAUAACGUAGAUAAAAUGAAGGAUUAUGAUGUUGGACAAGUUCAGGCCAAUUACUAAUGCAUGCAGGCUUGUUCGUGAAAAUAAGCCUACGUUAAAUUCUUCAAACGUGGUUAACACGGAAAAUGAGAGAUAUCCGCGCCGUCCAAAUGAACUGUGAUCACUGGUCUCCGCAGACACAUCAGUGAAUAAUAAC